UCGUCCUCCUCUCAACGCUCAGCUCAGCUCAACUCAAAGGACUCAGCUUUCGUUCAUCGUUUUCGGCAAAGCUGCGGCGGCCGACAUAGCAAGCAUCGACAAAGAACCACACUUCUACCGGCCGGCCAGAAACGCGAUGGUUCUUCCCAUGUCCCGCGCAGCGAGGGCGGCGUCCAGGCUGGUGCCGGAGAUACCCAUGCUGAGGCGGAGCAGCAAGCAGCAGCAGCAGGCCUCCGCGGCGGCGGAGGAGGAGCAGGAGGUGGCGGUGCCGGCGCACUUCGUGUGCCCGAUCUCUCUUGACCUGAUGCGGGACCCGGUGACGGCGCCCACGGGGAUCACGUACGACCGGGAGAGCGUGGAGGGCUGGCUGGCGCGCGGGAACGCCCGGUGCCCCGUCACCGGCCGGCCCCUGCGGCUCGCCGACCUGGUCCCCAACCACGCCACGCGCCGGAUGAUCCAGGACUGGUGCGUCGCCAACCGCGCCAGCGGCGUCCAGCGGGUGCCCACGCCCAAGGUGCCGCUCGCCGACGCCGACGCCGCCGACGCCGUCGCCUCGGUGGCCGCCGCGGCCAGGCGCGGGGACGUGGCCGCGUGCGGGGCCGCCGCGGCCAGGGCCAGGGCGCUGGCGAAGGAGAGCGACCGCAACAGGCGCUGCCUCGCGGCAGCCGGCGCCGCGCGUGCGCUGGCCGCCGCGUUCGCGCGCCUCGCCAGCGAGCGCGUCGAGGGUGCCGCCGCGGUCUCCUGCGCGCUGGGCGACGUCCUGGCCGCGCUCACCGUGUUCUUCCCGCUCGACGACGAGGCCCGCCGCUGCAUUGCCUCCCCGUCGUCGCUCAAGUCCCUCGUCUCCGUCAUGUCCCACGGCGAGCUCCAGGCGCGGGCCAGCGCCGCCGUCGUGCUCCGCGAGCUCGCGUCGUCGUCGUCGGCCGUCGACGGGCACACGCUCGAGGCCGUCCAGAGGACCCCAGGCAUGUUGGACGCGCUCGUGGACCUCGUCCGGAGCCCCAUCUCCACGUCGGCCACCAAGGCCGCGCUCGUCACGGCCUACUACCUCGUCGCCGCCUCCGACCGCGCGGCGGCGCGCUUCGCGGAGCUCGGCGCGGUGGCGGUGCUCGUGGAGGCCCUCGUCGACGCCGACAAGGGCACGAGCGAGAAGGCGCUGGCCGCGCUCGACGGCGUCCUGUGCGCCGACGCCGGCCUCGCGGCCGCGCGCGCGCACGCGCUGGCCGUGCCCGUGCUCGUCAAGAAGAUGUUCCGCGUGUCCGACAUGGCCACGGACUUCGCCGUCUCCGCGCUCUGGCGCCUCUGCCGCGCGGGCGACGCCGCUGGCGCCGCCGCGUGCCGCGCCGAGGCGGUCCGCGUCGGAGCGUUCCAGAAGCUGCUGCUGCUGCUCCAGGUCGGCUGCGGCGGCGUCACCAAGGAGCGCGCCAGCGAGCUGCUCAAGAUGCUCAACGGCUCCAGAGGCAGCGUCGAGUGCAUCGAGACCGUCGACUUCAAGGGACUCAAGAGGCCAUUUUGAUCGGCUGAGGGAAACCAAAUUGGUUCUUUUUUGUGAAGAUUUGAUUUGAUAGUUAGAUCAGAUGUGUGGAUAAAAGAUACAAACAGGAAGUUUAGUUUUUAGGAGAAUUUUUUGACACUGUAAUUGCACAGUCACAUACAAAGAGAACAAAACACAGAGAAGUUAACAUAGUUUCAUUGACAUAU